AUGACUGAUCCGCAGCCUGUAAAGGUGCCACCGACGUUCAAGACGCUUUUGCCGUUCAUUCGACGUGCCGAGGAGCUAGAUAGGGACACGUCACGCCCCGAGUCAAAGCUCAUUGCGUACUUUUGUCGCCAGUAUGCGAUGGAGCUUGGUAUAAAGCUGCGUGAGAACGAUACAUCCAACGAAGCAACAGAUUAUUUGCUGUCACUUAUGGACCGCCUCGAGGGCGAAAAAGAAAAGCUACCAGAAUUUACACAAGAGGAAGGAAAGGAAAUCUGUGAGGAUUUUGCUAUGGAAAUCUUUUCGAAGGCGGACGAUGAAGACCGCACAGGCAUAGCAACCAAGAGUACAGCUCGCACAUUCUACGCCGCCGGCACGUUUUUUGACAUUCUGCACCAAUUUGGAGACAUUUCGGAAGAUGUUCAGGAGAAGCGACGGUACUGCAAAUACAAGGCUGCGACGAUAUUGAAGGCGAUUAAAAAUGGAAAAGUCCCGACACCUGGCUCUCCGGAAGAAAUGGACAUAAGAAAUACUGACAACGCAAGCGACGAUGCAGCGCCGAUAACGACAGCAAUUAAUUCUGUUCCGCAAGCAGCUGCACCAGCUAUGCCGAGAUCUGAUUCCCCGCCACCGCGACCCGUGGAGCAGUCUUCUUUUUUUCGCGCACCGAGUCAGCGAGUUCUGCUGCCACCGACCCUUCCUUCAGCACCGAGUCAUUCCGUUCCUGCUCCAAUGUAUUCAGCUCCCACGGCCUCGACCCCAGCUUCGGCAUACCACCCCCAUGCUACUCCGACGCCACCACCACCCCCAGCACAGCUAGCCCCGCUUCCGUCAUUCAGACCCCCUUCUGCUCCAACACCGUCAAUUCAACCUGCUCCCAGCUAUACACCGCAAAAAACUUCUGUUCAUACCCGUACGACGCCUGUAUCACAAAGCGAGAUUAACGACGCAAUUGAAUUCGCCAAGUUCGCCGUCGCUGCUCUCAAGGUGAAAGACAUGAAGCUGGCAGAAGAACGUCUGGAAAUGGCGCUGCGCAAUAUUAGAGGAGCGUAG